GUUCGAUUUGUGGCCAUAUGCCACCCUUUACACUACCCAAAAAAGAUGGCCCAUCAGCUCUGUGCCUUUCCUGUUGUUGGAUCACGGGCGAUAGCCAGCAUGAAUAUUCUGCUGCAUACACUGCUCAUAGCUCAACUCUCCUUCUGUGGGGACAACAUCAUCCCUCACUUCUUCUGUGAUUUGACUCCCCUCCUGAAACUCUCCUGCUCAGACACACAACUCAACGUGCUGAUGAUUUUUACAGAAGGAACUCUGAUCAUGGUCACCCCAUUUGUUUGCAUCCUUAUGUCUUAUAUCAUUAUUGCUUGUGCUGUCCUGAGUGUCUCAUCCACAGGAGGAAGAUGGAAAGCCUUCUCCACCUGUGGCUCCCACCUGGCUGUGGUCUGCCUCUUCUAUGGCACCCUCAUCACUGUGUAUUUCAACCCCUCAUCCUCUCACUCAUCUGGGAGGGACAUGGCAGCUGCCAUGAUGUACACAGUGGUGACCCCCAUGCUGAACCCUUUCAUCUACAGCCUGAGGAACAGGGACAUGAAAGGGGCUUUAAGGAAAGUGCUCACCAUGAGAUUCACAUCUAAGCACUAA